AUGCGCACGAGCCUGCGAAACGUUAGAAAGAUACGACAGACACCCGGAAAGGCGAGGUGCAACAGAAGAAAUGGGAUCAAUAAUUUCUAUGAAUUUAUCUCAUCAUUUUAUUUGAGAGCUGGACAUAAUUUAUUUAAUCUUCUUAAGGAGUUUGCUCAAGAUUUUUCUGGAGUCAAACGCAACGAUUGCACGGCAUCCGAAGCUGCGACAUUUUUAAUUUGUGCGACACAAUCUUAGAACAUUUUUACAAGCGGACCAUUCUAGUACUAUUACUAGGACACUAUUUCUGUGAUAAGAAAUAAUAAUGUUCAAAAUUCCACUCUAGGCAAGAAUCUACGACUACGUCAGUUGUGCAGUAUGUAAAUAUUUCAUGCUGAUGAUACUGUCCCUCGAUGGAGUAUCAUUCCCGAAAUGAAAACCUCUGCACCGGGUACUUUGUAAGUACGAUACUGCGGUCUGAAUUAGUAACUAUUCAAUUCACUAUCACCAGGGCGUCCAGGAGCAGGAGCCAUCCGUUUAAUAGUUACUUAGGCACUGAGGGGAGAAAAAAAGUGGGGGGUGGAGAUAUUGAAUUUUUGCAUGGGUGGGAGGGGGGAAGCUUGUCAGAAAAUAGUAAUAGGUUUGACUAAUUUUAAAAUGUAAACAAAUUCUGCAUUAUUAUCCUGCUGACAUUCUGAAGUCCAUAAUUAUAAAAAUACUAAUAUUUAACAUAUCUCGAGACCUAAGUCUAAGUGCUUAAGUUUCUAAUAAUAAAUCUUUAUGCCUUAUUAAUAUUUAGAUUUAGGCUAUUAAAUAAUUUAUAUUUAUUAUCACCUAAAAAUUACACAAGCAAGUAAGUUACUGGUUUGCACCAGGUCUGCUAAAUUUCAUAUUAUGUCCUAUCAGAUCACAUUGUAUUGAAAGUAUAAGUAAGAAUUAAAUUAAAUUACGAAAAAUGUGUUGCGAAAUGGCGUGUUUAAAUUUGCCUUUUUUUUUUUUGCAUAUGUUUUAUUGAUGGAUCUCUACCAGUACCUCAAGAGUAGACUAAGUUUAAUAAAGAUGACUAUGUCACUUUAUUGGCACCUGCAAGAAUGAAAAAUUUGAUGGUCAUGCCUUGGUGUCACCAAAAUUUCCUAAAUUAAGUCACUUAGAUGAUUAAUGCUUAUCACUAACCUCAAUUUUAAUAAAAGCAAGCACUGACGAAAGUCAAUUUAAAAUUUCCACCCUCGUAAAUUAGUAAAAGAGGAUACAAAUAUUCAGAUUUAUCCAUGAAGAGUAAAUUUCUUGUUAGUAAAACAAUAAACUUUACCAGUUGUAUGUAUGGUUGAUUAAGGGCUCUGAUUAAGCAUAAUAUAUUGUAUGCCCUGAGCAAACAAUAAUGCAGAAAAUGGACCAGGUUGGUGCAUGAAGGAUAUUUAGAUGGCAUUUUUGCCGCAUAAGGCAAAGCCCCAUGUUGAUUAUAUUCCAAAUUAAAGGCGAAGAUUUUAUUACUUAAAAUUUAGAACAUCCUCAUUUUUUUAGUGCCAUUUACUUGGUUAAUCUUAAUUUGUCUUAAAUAUUUUCCCCAAAAUUACAACUACCCAAAUUCAAAACCAUUCAUCUUCACUGAGAAAUAUUCUUGGCUGACAAUAUUUCAUAUAGUGCUUGUAGAAAAAAUCAUAAAUUCAUGUAAAUUUAACCUUAGUAUGGUAGUGCCUUUCAUAGUGAACAUAAUCGGUUCUCGAAUUGAAUUAAUUAUUCAAGACACAAUUUCACAUUAUAACCUUUAGAAAGAAUUUAAUUUCUACCAGAGUCAAGUCAAUACUCCAAUUUUGUUCUUAGAUCGGCAUAGAUUGAUCUGAAUUCUAUAAAAGUCUAUACUAUACAAAUUUUGGAAUUUUCUGAUUUUUUUUAUUAAAGAGAGCCUAUUAACAUUACCCGGGUACCGGUACACUAAAAAUAUUACAACAUGAACACCAUGGCCAUAAAACGCUUUCAUAUGUAAUUAGGGUUUUGGCUCUGUUUUAACAUUCAGAUUAAUUUGACAUUAACAAUGGUUUAUUUUUUUCUAGAUGGCUCUUACCUGAAAAAGUUUUGAUCCUCACACAGAGAUUUAUGUAUCUUGAUUCAAUGAAUAAAAUGCCAGUUUAUAAAUGUGAGUUAAAUUAGGCUCUUAUUAUUAUUAGUAAAUACAUUUAGUUAAUUUAAUUAAUUUUGUUUACUUGUUUUAGCUAUAUGCACAAUAUUUCAGGGCUGGUUGUAAAUGCAUAACUUUAUUUUGGAAUUCUAAAAUGUGACUUUGAAUAGUUAUUGUGUGUCACAAGAAUGAUGGUAUUGUGAGGAUAUGGCCCAUACUUAUGGUCACGUACCAAGUGGUAUUGAUAUUGGUGCGACUAAUACGGGGCCGCUCUUCUUUGUGAUGGUUCUUUAGUCCAGGCGUUGAGAAGUACAACAAAGAAAACACAGAACACAAAUAAAAUGACCAGGCAACUCCUCCGUCUCAAUUGUAAUGAAAGAUGUAUUAAUUCAGUAUAGUAGAAUCCAAUAAUGUCUAUUUUCUAACUACAGCUGGGAACACUACAUCAUUCACUUCGGAAUGACAGUCCACGAAUCUCUAACGCUACUCCCCGCUGUGUCAAAAACUUCUCCCUUAUAUUUACCCCUUGUGUGACUAUAACCUCUACUAGAUAACCACCUCAUGGUCAUCGAACUGCUACAUCAUUAAAGAAAACAUUCCCCGACCUGAUCCAUUACCUCAGGACGUCCAUUCCAUCUCCCUACCCACCUAUUAGCAGCUAUCAUGUUGAGGCAUUUCCCAUUACUGAUAAUUAAUCUAACUCUACCCCUGGUCUUCAUGAACAUUCCACUUCCACCUGCUAACUAAAAUUUGCUAAUCGAAAACAUUGGUGAUACCCGCUCCCACACUGUCUACCCGGAGUCUCCCUUUUCCUAAAUUAUCAUGUCUCCCCUAUACUACUAUAAACUCUGCCGAUGUCAGGCUAGCUAUUCCCUCAUCUAUUGUACUGUUGUGGGACCAUCGUGCCCCGUCUCCACCCUGGUCGUUAGUGACAUUGUGGUACUCAAAACAUUUAUAUGUGAUAUAGUAUUGUUUAAAAAGUUUUUAAUUUUCAAAUAAAUAUUUUAAGUGGAAGGAAUCAGUGCGCUGACUAAACAAAAUUUCCUUAAAGAAGAAUAAACAUUUUGUUAAAAAACAAUCAAAUAUCUUUCAAAUAUACAUUAUAUUAUUUAUAUAUUACUAUAAAAGGAUAUAUUUUAGUUAUACAAAAACCUGAACUAUUUUAUAUGAAGUCAUUUUUUUGUUCUGUUCUUUUGUUUCUUUUUGUAGCUGAUUGGAGAUGAGAAUCAUAACCUGAUCUGUGAGAUGUGUUCUUUUACUCAAAUGCGCAAAAGGGAAAGAAUUAAACACGAAGCAAGUAGCUUAGUGUAAAUAUACAUUUUUUCCUAAUCACAGUUGGAGAAAUAAAAUGGAGAGGUGACUUUUUAAUUUAGUUGUUAAAGUUUGAAUUCUUUAAUCUGUAUUUAAAUGAAGGCAAAAGUGUGCCUACAAAAUUAUCACCAACUUGGAUUUACUUUUUGAUGAUUUCGAUCAGGAAGACCAAGAAAUGGCGAAUAAUGUUGAAUUUGACACAACAUCUCAACUUGAAGAAACACACAAGUGGCAAGGGAGAAGAAGUAAGAGGCCACAAAAUAACAAAUGCUUUUGGACUCGGCUAAAAAAUAAAAGAAAAAAUAGAAAAGCUUCUGACGGAAAUAAACAUGAUUUUUCAAGACAGUGCAAUAUUGAUGGGGAUGCAGGACAUUUACAAAUAAUAACAAAAAAGGUAGCAAAAAGAAAUUAUACUUGUAGAAAGUCUACCAUUUCUGUUGGAAAUGAGUUUUGGGUCACAUUACAAAAUGCCUUAAAUGAAAGUUCAAGUGAUGAUUCAAGCGCCUUUACUGAUAGUGAGGAUGACAUGGCUGUGUUGAAAAAGGCUAUACACAUUUCAGAUGUUGCUACAUCAUUGCCAAAAGAUGUAAAUGAUGCUAGCUUCUUUACAAACAUCCGAAACAAACAAGAAAGUUCUUCAACUUCUAAUUAUUCUAUUUGCAAAAAUUACUAUGGCAGUUGUUUAUCCUUGUGUCAUUCUCAGAAUAUUUCUCAAUCGUCUAUGUUACCAAGCAGUAAAUUAGAAAAUCUAAAUGACAACAUUACACAGCCUGAGCUGAAGCUCAAUAAUAGUGAAUUCAAAACUGACCAACCAGGAUAUGUGACUUUAAAGUCAACAAAGAAAACUGUAUGCAAAGAUUCUGACAUGUCUAUCAAAUGCAGAAAAGAAAGUGCUACCGAUAUUCUCAAAGACCCUUGUGAAUUUUGCUUUGCUCAUAAAGAUUUGUCUAGUACUAAAAGAAAUGUAGAUAUGAACACACAUAAUGUAACAAAUACAUUAUUAAACUCUAUUCUCAGGUGUGAACACACACCAACUGCCAUCCCUCAAAGUGUAGGAAAUAUAAAUAAAUCUCCUUGUGCAGCGAAUGUUAUAGAAAUGCCACAAUACAUUGUAACUGUUGUGCCAACUCAGCCUGUGUCUUCUUCACAAAUAGCUUAUUCAAAGUGCAGGGAAAGCUCAUUUAUUUUAUCUGCUUCGUCAGUGCCCACUGGUAUGAAAAUGAAGGACAAAGGUCUUAAAAUGGAUUACACAAAUAUAAAACGCUCAUUUUCUUGUGGAAUCUGUCAGAGAAGUUUUUUCAGUAAGGGAAAUUUAAAAGGUCAUAUGAAGAUCCAUUCUUGUGUGAAGGAAUUUAAAUGUGGUCUUUGUGGAAAAUCUUUUAGACGAAAACACACUCUUCAGAAGCACACUAGCAUUCAUAAUACAAAUACUGGAACAUCUUAGUGGGAUACAAUUCUAACCAUCAUAUGAAAUUAUGGACUAAUGUAAAUGCUAAUUUUGAUUCAAGAAAAAAAAUUACGGAACAUCAAUAAAUAAUCAUGCAAUCUAUAUUAUAUAAUUAUUCAAGGUUGCCUCCAAGUUUAAUAUAAUUUGUAUAACUACAUGCUUUAAAUGAGUGCCUGUGUUUUCUAUUGUUGAGACUAAAGAUCAGCAAUUCUGAUUAUUUUCCCCAUUUUUUUAGUGGGCUCUCCAUUUUAUUUCAAGAUUUAAAAAAAAUAAUAAUGAUGUAUCUUCAGCAAAAAGUAAUCUCUGCAAAUUACUUUAAUAAUAGAUUUUGGCUAGUUUAAAUUUCUGAAAAAAAUUUUAAUAAAAAAAAUUUCACUAAAGGUACCAGUAGAUGCAUUUUAAUUACACACAUACAAAUUCACAGAUUUGUUCAUACUUAACAUUGCGAUUUCUUUACUUCUGAGAUUUUGUUUUAGCAUAAUUGAGUUACAUGUGUCACACUCAUAUAUUUUGCAGGCUGCACUUCAAGCCUGAGCCUCAGAAGCAAUUACGUUGAAGAUAUUAGAGAGGUUUUUCCUGCAUUGGAUGGAGUUUGUUCUUGAAAAAAUUAAUUUAAUCCUUAAAUUGUAAUUUCUAUUAUGGAUAAAUGUAUUUUGUGCAUUAUAUGGCACUACGCAAACAUUUUUUUAAAUUUUUGAAAAGCCUGUUUUCAGGUUUGCAUUUUAGACUUAAUCCCCUGCAGACACAAAGCUGUUUACUUGUUUAAAGUUUUGAACUUGGGUUGUGUGGAAAAAAAAAAAUCAUCAAAAUGUCAACACUCAAACCAUUAGAGGUAGAUAAAGUUGUUAUCAAGACUGAACCAGUCGACAGUUUUGAGUGGGAAAGUCAACAUGCAGUCUCGCAGGCAGACCAUAACAGUUAUACACAACAGCAUGUUAAGCAUAAAGAAUCUGAAAAAGAAAUAUUUACCUUCAAUGCCGCUGAAAUAGCUGAAAAGCUUAAAAAUAUAAAAAGGAAUUCAUCUAGUCAAGAUGAGUCCUAUGAGGGACUGGACUUGGAUGUUGGUAAAGAAUCUUAUAAAAUAAAGGGAACUUUUGACUCCAGUGAUACAACUUUAAGUUAUACGCAGCAAAAUGCAGUUAGAGAGUCAAGUCUUUCAGUACAAAGUGGCUUUUCUUCUUAUGAACAUGAUGAUGUAUUCUCAAGUAACACCAUGGACAUAAGAAAAGUUGAGAACCUUAAAAGACAGUCAUUGAGGAAUGCUGAAUCUAGUCAUAGCAAGGUAAAGCAAAGCAAAAAGAAUGACUUGAAAGAAAGGAACAAAUCACAGUUUCAUACAUUUCUGCCCAAACGGUCAGGGGAUGAGGAUAAUUCGAAUAUAACUAAUUCUGUUGAUUUAAAACCUACUGUAGAAGAAUUAGAAGAUUACUCAAGAUCAGUAUCAAAAUCUAACUCGGCACAUUCAUUAUCAGGAGAUAACUCUUUAGGGAAGACUCUAGCAACCAGUCUGCAACUUAUAGCUACUAAUAAUGCCACAUCUCCUUUGAUUCCUAGUCCUGCUGUUAGCACUCGUACCACUUACAGGCU